GAGUGGGCUCUGGGCCCUCCGCAUGCCGGCUCUUCUCCUCUUCCUGUGCUAGUUAGCUAUGGCGGCCGUGAAGACCCUGAACCCCAAGGCCGAGGUGGCCCGAGCCCAGGCUGCGCUGGCGGUGAACAUCAGCGCGGCCCGGGGCCUGCAGGACGUGCUGAGGACCAAUUUGGGGCCUAAGGGCACCAUGAAGAUGCUUGUUUCUGGUGCUGGAGACAUCAAGCUUACUAAAGAUGGCAACGUGCUGCUUCAUGAAAUGCAAAUUCAACACCAAACAGCCUCCUUAAUAGCCAAAGUAGCAACAGCCCAAGAUGACAUAACUGGUGAUGGUACCACUUCCAAUGUUCUAAUCAUUGGAGAGCUACUGAAACAGGCGGAUCUCUACAUUUCUGAAGGUCUUCAUCCCAGAAUAAUAACAGAAGGAUUUGAAGCUGCAAAGGAAAAGGCACUUCAGUUUUUGGAACAAGUCAAAGUAAGCAAAGAAAUGGACAGGGAAACACUUAUAGAUGUGGCCAGAACAUCUCUACGUACUAAAGUGCAUGCUGAACUUGCUGAUGUCUUAACAGAGGCCGUAGUGGACUCCAUUUUGGCCAUUAAAAAACAAGAUGAACCUAUUGACCUCUUCAUGGUUGAGAUCAUGGAGAUGAAACAUAAAUCUGAAACUGAUACAAGCUUAAUCAGAGGUCUUGUUUUGGACCAUGGGGCACGGCAUCCAGAUAUGAAAAAAAGAGUAGAAGAUGCAUACAUCCUCACAUGCAGUGUGUCAUUGGAAUAUGAGAAAACAGAAGUGAAUUCUGGCUUUUUUUACAAGAGUGCAGAAGAGAGAGAGAAACUUGUAAAAGCUGAAAGAAAAUUCACUGAAGAUAGAGUUAAAAAAAUAAUAGAACUGAAAAAGAAAGUCUGUGGUGAUUCAGAUAAAGGAUUCGUUGUUAUUAAUCAAAAGGGAAUUGACCCCUUUUCCUUAGAUGCUCUUGCAAAAGAAGGUAUAGUAGCUCUGCGUAGAGCUAAAAGGAGAAAUAUGGAAAGGCUGACUCUUGCUUGCGGUGGAGUAGCUCUAAAUUCCUUUGAUGACCUAAAUCUUGAUUGUCUGGGAUAUGCAGGACUUGUCUAUGAAUAUACAUUGGGAGAAGAGAAAUUCACUUUUAUUGAGAAAUGUAACAAUCCUCGCUCUGUCACAUUAUUGAUCAAAGGACCAAAUAAGCACACACUCACUCAAAUCAAAGAUGCAAUAAGAGAUGGCUUGAGGGCUGUUAAAAAUGCUAUUGAUGAUGGUUGUGUAGUUCCGGGUGCAGGUGCAGUGGAAUUGGCAAUGGCAGAAGCCUUGAUUAAGUACAAGCCCAGUGUAAAGGGCAGGGCCCAACUGGGAGUUCAAGAGUUUGCUGAUGCAUUACUCAUUAUUCCCAAGGUACUUGCUCAGAACUCUGGUUUUGACCUUCAGGAAACACUAGUUAAAGUUCAAGCGGAACAUUCAGAAUCAGGUCAACUUGUGGGUGUGGACUUAAACACAGGUGAGCCAAUGGUAGCAGCCGAAGUAGGCAUAUGGGAUAACUAUUGUGUAAAGAAACAGCUUCUCCACUCCUGCACUGUGAUUGCCACCAACAUACUCCUGGUUGAUGAGAUCAUGCGAGCUGGAAUGUCUUCUCUAAAAGGUUGAAUUUGAAACUUCCCUCGUGUCAUCCGAAUCAUGAAGACUCCACGAGUGAUCCUAAGAAUAUAGCGACGGAAUCUUUGUCCAAGCCUCAAAUAAUUUUCAAAAGCAUUUUCUUUUCCCAUAUGAAAAAAAGAGAACACUGACACCUAAAACACUGAAGUUCUGAAAUUAAUGUUUUUUUUUAAUUGCACUUCAAUGUACACACAUUAAGCAGGCCGUUUUUACCCAAUGAAAAGGAUGUUUUGCUUUAGCUUCAGUGAUAUAAAAGUACCGUGUGAGAUAAGUAUAUGUUAUCCACCUUGUUAUUAAAUGUUCCUUGAAAA